AUGUUCAACAUCAUCAAAAGCACGCCCCAAAGCCUGGGCCCUCGUCUCGGCCGCCUCUGUCUCCCCGGCCGCAAAGCGAUUGAAACCCCACACUACCUGGGCGUGACGUCCCGCGGCGUGGUGCCUCACAUCACGCAAGACACCUUUCGUCGCGACGCGGGCAUCAAUGGCGUCUACGUGCCGCUCGAAGACUUCAUAGAACGCGCGCCGCAGAAGAUCCCGCCGAUAUAUGAAUUCAGUCCGCCUGAUGGCUCGUCGCCGCUACGUCGCUUUAUUGCCUUGCCGGAAGAGACCGUGCUGGUGUUGGGAGCGAGAAGGACGCCGCCUGUGCUCGCUCCGGCGGCCAAUCCGAAUACCAAUACCUCGAUUUCGGUGUGCACGGCUGUUGGAUUCCGAACGCUGAAGGCGGAAGAUUAUGCGAAGGCGGCGGAGCAUCUACAACCGGACAUUGUGGUGGGAUUGGGCGAUAUUCCGUAUGGGCGUGCAUUGGGUUCGAAGAGAAUUGAAAAGGCAACCGAUCGGCAGAUACAAUGGAUGCAAGAUCAUGUUGCGUUGCGCAACAGCAAUGGCAAGACGAAAGGACGGUCGAAGCUGUUUGCACCGCUAUCGCUGGUGUCUUGCGCGAACCAACGAUUCUACAUGGAUUGCCUGACGGAGCAGCUUGGCGAGCUAGUAUCUGGCCUGGCCUUUUACAAUCUGGCACCUUUGGAAGACUUACCGGCCGCAUUGCACAGCCUGUCGCGACUCGCAUUCACGGAACCGAGCACGCCUCACGACAUCCUUCAACAGAUUUCCAUGGGAAUCGAUGUUUUUACCAUACCCUUCAUCAGCGCCGCAACCGAUGCUGGCAUCGCACUGGACUUUACGCUUCCAGCGCCGCAGAUCACACCCCCAGACCACGAGCAUGUCGCCCCCAGGACUCUAGGGAUCGACAUGUGGCUCGCAGCCCACGCCAUCGACCUCUCACCUCUGACCAAAGGGUGCAAGUGCUACGCCUGCACCAAGCACCACCGAGCAUACAUCCAGCACCUCCUGUUGGCCAAGGAAAUGCUCGGGUGGAUCCUGCUGCAGAUCCACAAUCACCACGUGCUCGACCUCUUCUUCGCUGGGAUUCGGCAAAGCAUCGCACUCGAUGUUUUCGACAGUGAACGGAGGAGAUUCGAGGAGGUGUACAAUGCGCAUUUGCCGGAGAAGACGGGACAGGGGCCGAGAGUGCGAGGGUAUCAGUUCAAGUCGGAGGGGCCGGGAGAGGCGAAGAAGAACAAGGCGGCGUUUACGAUGUUGGAUGAUGGGAAGGAGAAGAUUGCGGAGGCGAGGCAGGAGGAUGUGGAGGUUGUGGUUGAUGGGAAGGGAGGAGAGGGAGGGGGAUCACCUGCAGCUUAG